AAGUGUAACAAAUACAAACAAACUGUGAAUUUAAUUAGCAGAAAAUCUAUUCACAAAUAAGGAAGCAUUUACUAUAUUGAGGAGUUUUAAUUGGGGCUGAAUUAAGUCCAGUUUUAAGAUAAACUUGCAGCCUGCGCAGGCGCCAACUUUUUUGUAAACAUUGCCGCCCAACCCAAAAUGCAGCAACAGCAGCCCCCAAAAAACGUCUCUGAACGCAAAAUCGGCACAAGGACGGGCCAGUCAGUCAGGAAAAAUCAAUAACAACACAGCCGCGAAGCGACGCGGACCGGAAGUGCAUUUCUUGCAUUACUGGGCGUUAAGUAACGCCACAGGGCAGGGAAAAAAUAAAUUAUUUCUAGAGGAAAGUGAUGUAGUUCUUUGUGCCAAGAGUCUGUAGAAAAUCCCAAAUAAUAUGGUGGGCAAGGGGUCGAGCGGCUUGGGUGGAGACACGAGCACUGGCAGCAAGGAACGCCCUGUUUUCAUUCCGCCGCGGAAACGUCAACAAACCAAGUCGGAGGCCAAAAAGCAGAACUAUGUGGACCACAUUGUCAGUGUGCAGCAAAAUCGGCCAAAACUAUCUCCCUCGAAUCCAGGCCUCGAGGAGGAGCUGCGCAAGUCCAAGCUGAUCAUCAAGAACAAACAGCCGCUGCCCCAGCUGCCCGGGGAGCUGGGUGUUCCCGGUGGUGCCCACGACACCCUGGCCAGUACCCACUCGGCCAGCUCCACGCAGCAUAGCCAGAAAUCGGCCCGAUCGAACAGCAAUCUCAACGAGCUGCAGAACUUCGAGUCCAUCUCGCAGGGCACGAAGUCCACGUCGCAGCGGCACGAGAGCAGCACGGUGACGCCCAGCAGUUGUUGCUACUCGGAGAGCAGCCUGGACGCCAAGUUGAGCAAGUCGCAGGACUGCCUGAGCAACCGGUCGUCCUCCAAGAAGCGGGUGAACAUCCGAACGUCCGAUUUGCCCGGUGGACAGGGACAGGGACAGGGACAUGGACAGGGACGCAACCAGCGCUCCUCGCCGGAGAUAGCCAACUACGAGGACCUGGAGUCCGGGGAGACGAGUGUGCUGAACAACUACGACCAGAGUCUGGAGAGGGGCUACCAGGCGCAGGCGCGCAAGGGCGAGGGCGGCAACUACCUGACCAUGACGGGCACCAUCAAGCGGGGCCGCAAGAAGGGCCAGUCCGUGGACCUGCAGAUCAACAUCAGUCGCGAGGAGCUGGAGCAGCUGAAUGCCCAUGCCAUGGCCAGUGACUCAAAGAAGGGCGGCAACCUUUGCUGCACCUGCAGCUGCGGCACCGGCCUCCACAUCCUGCUCAUCUCGCUGCUCUGUCUGCCCUUUGUGACCGUCAUCUCGGCGGUGUACUCCUUCUACAUUGGCACCCUCACCUGGUACAACAUGUUCAACUACUACUGCGAGGAGAGGACGUACCUGCACAAGAUCCUGGUCACGCCGCUGCUGUUCGUCGCCUAUCCGCUGGCCAUCCUGCUGUGCACCUUCGGACUGGGCAUCUACUCGGGAGUGCGCCAGCUGAGCCUGCAGUACAGCAGCUGGGUGAACGACAUCACGGACAUUGAGAAGGGCUUCUACGGCUGGCUGUGCGGCUUCCUGCGGAUGCCCGACUGCAGUCCCUACGAGGUGGUCAUCCUCACCGACAUCUGUGUGGCGCCGCAGGAUCCCCAGCGGUUGCAUAUCAACAAACCGCGCCAGGAGCUAUCCAUGUAGGCUGCCUGGCCCCGCAUUUUCGACCAUAAGUGUGAUAUACAAAGAAAAAGAAAAAACGUAAUUACAAACGUACGAUCAACACAUUAAGUUUCCUUUGGCCAAAUUUGUUCCUUUCACAUUGACAUAAUCGUAUGUCUGCAACUGCAGCUUUAGAGAACCGAAAAUACAGUCAGUAUAUAAGCCAGCAGUUAGAUAUCGCAGCCAGAACAUAAUCCAAACCCUAGAGAGCCUAGCAUUAAGUUACUAGAAAUCUAACACUCGCACAGCGUCUAAAUACACAAGUUCGAUGUUCGGAAGCCCGAAACAGAUAUAAUCUUGCAAAUGUCACUAAUAUAUAUAAUUGCUCAAUGUGUAAAUGUCACAGAUAAUUGUUAUAUUUUCAAAGAGGAAUUUAAAUUAAUUUUUUGUCUAAACCUCAGUUUGUGAAAACCCCUAACAAAACAAUUUAAUCCGCCAACUAAAAACCAAUGGAAUAGAAUAAUUUGGUUGUUAACCGAAUUGUUGUUUGUUAUACAUAUAUGAUUUAGUAGUAGAAGUUAUUUUUAUGAACUUCAUUCCAUCCACUAUUAUUUGGGACAACUGCAAGAUUAUCAAAUAAACAGUUAACUUUUGUAGUUGGGCACUAGCUUGCAACUUGAAAUUUGCUUUCCUUUCUAACUCAAAGCCAAAUUUAAAACCAUAUAACAAACAUAUUACCGAACUGAAAUAGCAUUUACAGAAUUAUGCAUUUAUCUUCAAAGUGAACUUAAACCAAAUAAAGCAGCCACUUUAAAUGCGCAGUUGACGUGAUGGAAACUUUUUCUUAGUUUUAAGCAUACAUUUUUUAUUUAUACGUCAAUAAAAAUAAAAACGACAGCAAAGCCAGCAUAUAUAUGUAUAUCUAUAUAAGCAAACGUUUUUAAAAUAGAAAUUCUAUAUGUUAAGAAUCCGAAUAUCAAACACUUAUUGAAAUGAAUAUAUUAGCCAGAGAAAUA